CCGUAUUAUGAUAUAUAUACUGAAUAUAGCUCAUUGAUUCACUGAUUGUCUUCAUCAUGAUCAUCAUCUCUCUGCUCCUGCUGGCCUCUCUGCUGCCACACCUGACCUUCACUGCUCGUGUGAAUGUGGGUAUAGUGAACGGCAGUGAAGCAAAACCCCACUCCAGACCUUACAUGGUAUCUGUUCAGUCAAAGGAGCAUCAUAUCUGCGGUGGAUUCCUCAUCUCUGAUAGAUUUGUCAUGACUGCUGCACAUUGCCGAAACAAUUCCCCAAUUGUGACGGUUGUGCUAGGUGCACAUGACCUAAAAAAGAGUGAGAAUUCAGUCCGAUUCACAGUGCAUUCAUAUCAUCAGCAUCCAAACUACACCAACAAAUCCUUUCAUGAUGACAUCUUGCUUUUGAAGUUAGAAAAAAAUGUAAAACUAAACGACAAUAUCAAGUGGAUAUCCAUACCAGCAGAAGAAGGCGAUAUCGAAGCAGGUUCAGUUUGCAGUAUCGCAGGUUGGGGAAGUUUAAUUACUAAUGGCACGAGAAGCGAUCGCCUCAUGGAGACAAACGUGAAGGUCAUGAAUAAUACGGAAUGUGAACAUAAAUGGGGGAAGAAUGACUUUUCAUCUUCACAGAUGAUGUGUGUUCAUGACAAAGGAGGAAGCUGUGAUGGGGAUUCAGGAGGUCCUUUGGUUUGUGGAGACACUGCAGUCGGUGUCACAUCUUUUGGUGACCCUGAUCUCUGUAAUUCACUAAAGCUACCUGAAGUUUAUAUUAAGAUUUCAGCAUAUCUUCCAUGGAUAAAGAAAAUAAUUGGAAAUUUCAAUUGAAUCUUGCAAAUAAAAUGGGGUGAAUUUUUUAUUUUUUGAGUUGAUUUUCCUCCCAAAUCAUCUUUUAAUAAAAAUAACAUACACUGA